UCUCUGCGACUGAAGAUUGUGUGCGUGUGAAGUUGUGCGUUGCCGGAAUUUUAAAGAAUAGUUGUGACGUGCAUGUUAAAAUUUAUGUGGCAGCACAUGGAGUUAUAAAGAGUUUCACACUCUUUUUUUCCCCGUAAGUCUGGAUUCUGACGAUUCUUCUGAAAUGGAACUGUCAAAUUUGGGUGACAGUGACGGAGUUUUCACGGCUGAAUGUAUUCAGAAAAAAAGAAUACGGAAGGGCCGGGUGGAGUAUCUUAUUAAAUGGAAAGGUUGGAGUCAAAAGCAUAAUACUUGGGAGCCAGAAGAAAAUAUAUUUGAUUUUCGACUGAUCGAUGCAUUCGAAGCAAGCCAAAACAAAACUGGAGGACCAGCUAAAAGAGGCCCUAAACCAAAACGAGAUAGAACGUUGAGCCGGAGUGAUGCCUCGUUGCAACACGGGAAGGACAUUCGAGCAGAUGGCAAUUCCAGACACCCCGACGAUAACACGUCCGGGGAGGGUGGGAGCGCACACCACCCCAACGACACAACUCCGCCGGAAGUCGAGAUGUCAGCGCCAUCUACCGACACAGAUGCGAAUCAAACUCUAAAUGAAGUUAAAGCCUCCUCAGAAAAUGACGACGCAUGCGUCGCGGAAGAGGAGAGACCGAAUCUGAAACGAAAGCGAUCUGAUGCUGACGAGGAUAUUGCCAACGGGGCCGCCGACGACUCUAAUGCCCUGAGCGAUUCUAGUCCCUCCGGGGAAAGUGAAACAAAUGGCAACAAAUCCUCUACAGAUCCAGUUUGCGAAUCGGCCAAGCGUGACGAACAUUCUCAAGGUCAACCUUCCUCUCCUCCUCCCCAGAAAGUCCCGAGACUCGUUGCUAAGAGUCCGAAAUGGACACAGCAGCAGCAAACCGAGUCCGAACUCGGUUCCUCCAAAACCCCGAACUCCAGUAAAAAACAGGCCCAAUCGCAACAGACACCUGGAAAGAGCCCGUCCCUGUCCAGGGGCGGACAGUCUUCCAAAUCGCUUGGCUCGAUUUCGAAUAAAAGAACAAUGACUCCUAGCAGUGAUAGUAAUAGCAGCUGCUUGGAAUCAAACGGUGUCGUAGAAGAGAAGGCCGAAUCUCCCGCCAACCACUCAGAUCAAGAGAACAAUAAUAACGAUUUGAGAAAACCAGAUGUUCCCCAACAACUCAACGGCCACCCUCCCCGUUCGGCGGCUCUGCAAACGACACCCCACCCCACUCUGCUGCAGCCGAAGAACAACAAUUGCAACCGUUCUCUGUUUUCUGCCAAUCAACCCAGCUGCGGGGUAAACGGGGAAAUCCCCCCUCCACCCGAGGUCUGGCUGAAGAAGAAUCCGGUGGUGGACCAGAUUCUGAUCACAGACGUGACUUCAAAUUGUUUAACUAUAACCGUGUUGGAGUGCCAGACGAGCAGGGGGUUCUUCCGGGAGCGAGACGAGAGCGCACCCGGAAAUAAUGCCGCCUCAUAAGUAAAUAAAUAAAAGGUUUUUUCGUCCGUCAGAUGAUAAAGCUGGCCAACAUAAAAAAAAAAUACACACCGUUAUUUUUUUUCUUCCCGAAUUCCCUUUUUUGGAAGAUUUUUUUUUUCUUUUCAUUCUUGGAAGAUUAAAUUUUUUACAUGGAUUAUUCAAUCGUAAAGUAAAAUUUUUUCAUAUAUAAACCACAAAGCAUCUAAUCAUUUUUUUUUAACCUGAUGCAUUAAAUAGCUUGGGUUAUGUUUUAAAAUACUCAGAAAUGAAUUGUAGCUUAACUUUCUGAUAAAAUUGUAUUGAAAAUACAAAAUGGAGAUUAAUUCAAAAUGCUGUAGACUAAGAACUAUUGAUUAGAAUGACCGGAUAGUUGACUUGAAUGCAUAUAAAGCAAUAGAAUUUUAUAUGAUGGACAAAAAAUAUUUCCAGAAAUGCUGUGAAAAUUGAUAUGAUAAAAAAAAUCUUUAAGUAAAAAUCACUUUGGAAGUGUUUUAAAUGCUGAAUGAAUUGAGUAAUUUGCUAAUGAAAGAAGUACAAACCUUUUAAAAAGAAGUCUAAAGGUCAGAGAGAGAGAUAUAUAUAAUAUCAUUCAUUAUAAAAUUCAAUAAGGACUCUAAAAGUAUUAUUGAAAAACUCUCUAUUACUAAUGAGACGAAUAAAGCUAUUGAAUGGGAUGAAUAAGAAGCCAUUCCAAAAAAUUAAAAUUUGCUAUUAGCGUAGCAUUUUUAAUAAUUCCAUAGUUUCUACACAUUUAUGUGAAAUUUUGCAAUGGGGAGGAUGGAAUGUCUAAGCAGACCACAUAUAGGCCACGGGUCUAAUAAUAUUCUGCUAAAAUGAGAAUUUAAUUAUAAGGAAAUUGUUGCACAUAUGAAUGGCAACAACAUUCUUGGUAACUUUAUAAUAAGAAAAUUCUAAAACAAAACUUUUUCGAGAAAUGUUGUAUAUUCUGUCCACUAUUUUUUAAGAACCCCCUCCCUCCAUAAAAAAAUUCCAGUGUUUGAAGUGUAAUCUGGUCAUUCUGACCAGUGAUUCUUAAUUUUCAAUGUUUCCAAAUUGCAUCUUUAGUUAUAAUCAAUCUGUGUAAUAAAACCUUUAUAUAUAAACAAAAAUUGAGUUUCAAAAUCAUGUUGAAAGUUAACAGGAAAUAAGUGUACUCAAGAUAUAAUAGUUUCCUUAAAUCAAUAUACCAUAAUGAAUAUUCAGAAUUGUAUGCAGCUAAUACUUAAUUUGAUAUCUAAUAGAAAUCUUGUUUUGAAGGAAUUUGAUAUUUAAAUUCAAGGCUGUUCAAGUACUUUUAAAAAUAAUUUCUAGUAUCCAAUUCAUUUUAUUAAUUUUUUUGUCAUCGAUAUAAAAUUACUCUCUUUAAAUUGAAUAAAAAAUGGCGGGGCUUUUCAAUUUCUCUAAUAAGUUUAACAAAAUUAAAGUUCUUUCAUUUUCUAAAUUUCAGGUUCAAAAUAUUGAUAAAACUAGCCAUAAAUAAUAUAUUAACCUUCAUAAUUAUAAAAUAUAUUUAUAAAUAUAGUUAAUUUAAUAAUUAUCUACAUAUUCCUUAAGUAAGUAAUUUGUUUAAUAAUAUGACUACAUUAUAAAAUAAGUGGAUAAUUAUAACCUAAAUUUAUUUUUUAAAUUUUAAUUUCGGUAAAUAAUUUACCAAACUUUUAAGUUCAUCCAUUUUUUUAGAAAUCUUUAUAAUAUAUAUCUAUAUAUUGUAGGAAGACUAAUUCUUCAUUCUUUCGUGUAUUUGUACAUAUUCAUAUAGAAUUAUUAAACCAGAAUUUAUAUAAUAACAGCAAGAAUCCUUUUUGAAUUCAGAAUUUAGGAUUCGAAUACAUAUUUUGUGUUUAGAUCUAUUAUAAUUGUCUCGUAACUAAAGCUCAAGAAUGAUGGGUCGUCCUGUUAGCAAGUUAGUUCACUAACAUUUCUUGCAUAUCGGCUAAUUAUAAGUUUAAUCCCAUUUUUCCAAAGAAAAGGUAUUUACAAACUGAAAGUAAAGCACUAGGAAGAUAUUUUUUUGACAGCUUUUGGAGUUCUAUUUUUGUAAUAUAUAUUAACUGCAACUUUGCAGUGUUUUCUAUUGCGUUAUUCGAUGUGGUAAUGUCCACUCUAAAAUGAUUGUAUAUUUUUAAGUAAGAGAGGAGGUCUCGGAAGUGGAUUUGGAAAGUCAUUAUGAAUCUGUAAUUUUUCAAAUGAAGUUCACAUUUUGUAAUUUAUGCCAUUUGAUUUAUAAAUUCAGAAUGUCUACCGAUUUCUGAAGUCACAUAUUUGAGUUGCUUUUACAAAAGUAUCCCACCUUUUUAUUUUUUUUACUGUUGAUUUUUUUUUUUUUUUUUUUUCUGAUCUCAAGGUUCAGGGGGGAGGAGGAAGAAAAUCUUCACCAUUUUGAAUAAAAUGGUUAAGUGCAAUAUUGUGAAGAAAAACGUAACUUUUGCUUCUACCUAAAGAAGCUUUUUUAUAGGAAAAAAUACUGGAUGCAGUGGGAAGCUCACUUGCUUUUCAGUCCCACCAAUGCAUAUUUUGUAAAUGAUUUUGCUUUUCUAUUGAGGUCACAUAACUUCCAAUUGGGUCCAUUAUUUUAGCUUUGUAAAUUCGAUUUAAUACUGGUGCUAAUCACUAUUCUGUUUCCUAUUUAAUAUUCUGUUAUUUCACAUUAAUUAUUCUGCUUCAUUUCGAUUUAAAUGGAUUACUCUGUAUUGCAAAUACAAUAGGAUUUAGCUAAUAUGAAGCCGAAAAGUUUAUAAUUAAAAUUCUGUAUAUCCAGGAUUCAAAAAAAAAAAAAAAAAAAAAAAAACUGGACCCAAGUAUAAAAUCUUUGAAAGAAUACCAUAAUUUUAAUAAGCAAAAACUAUUAAUAUUUAAUAGUUUUAUGCAUUUUACAGCAAUGUAAAUUCCUCAGAUUAAUUAAAAAAACCUAGAAAAAUUAAUUACUAUGGUAUUAAAGACCAUACCUUAUAGUCAUAAGAGGUAUGGACCAUUCCUCCGUAUUUCAUUACAUAUAAACAAUUUAGCUCUUGAAAAUUCAGAGAUGUUCUAAGUUUUUAAUUUCGAUCUUGAAUUAAUCAAAACAAGUAUAAAUUAUCGACAAUAUUUUAAUGUCAUGAAAAUGCAAGAUUUAAAGGACCAAACCUUAUUGCCGAAUUUCGCUUUCGAAUUAACCAAGCUACGAUUGGACAAUUUUGGAUUUCUUAAGACAGCAAUUUUAAAUAUUUUAAUUAUAAUUUAAAAAUUUAGUACUUUUUUUUUACUCUAACAGUUUGUGAAAUGGCCAGAAUCGGCUUCCAAAAUAGUAUAGGAAUUAUAGUUACUAUUCUCCCUCCUGUUCCUUCUUUGUGACUUAAGUAGACAUUCUGGAUUCGAUUGCAGUAUUCCAUUUUUAAUCAAUAAGCUACUGAAACACAUGACGUAAAAAUACAUUACCUGAACCUGUGCCAAGUCUCUAAAUUAUUGUAUAAGACGAUUUUUUUUUUUUUUUUUUGACGAGUAUUUUAUUCCGAAGUUUACAAGUCUUAUUUUGAAAUGUUGUUGAAAACGAAGAUUUUUUUCCCCCAAUUUGAAAAUAAAAAAAAAUGAUUUUUUUUUUUUCUUUUUCCUUUUUGUUUUUAUGUAUGGAGCAAGAAUUGCGGAAAAACGAUUGUGUACAUAGCGAAUGUGUAUUGUAUUAUAUAUGUACAGUAUCUUUUUCCAUUUCAAAAUUGAAAUCUUUAUAGAUAUUCGAAUGUAUGUAAAAAAUAUCUUAUUCGUAUUUUUGUAUAAGAUUUCUAAUUAUUAUUUUUUUUAAGAAAAAAAAAGGUACUUCGAAAUGGGGUUUUUCCUCAAAACCCAAAUACGAGGCGACGGUGUAAAAUUUUCCCCUGUCUAAAAUCCGCACACUUUUCAAACACCCGAAAAUACCAUCGGGUGUUUGUUUCGAGACGAUCAUUAUUGUUUUAUAAAAAGAAACUGUACUUCUGCUUUCUUCCAGUUUGCUGGAACUUUUGGAACAAGUGCAGGACUGGAAAACAGGGUAUCCCAAAAUAAUUACCUUGUUUUGAACUGUGAGUAAAAUACUACGAAAUGAGGGUAGAUAUUGAGGGACACCCUGCGCUGUCCUUCACAAUUUGCUUUGUACAUAUAGUUAAAUAGCUGCAGUGUUAAAAUACCCGACUGUUCCUUGCUUUAUAGACUAGAAAAAUCUUUAAAUCUUCUCGGAGAACUUUGUUUUGUAAAUAAGUUAUUGAAUGAAAUGUCCAGAUGUAUCUAGAUUCAUUUUUCAAUGCUGUUUUAUUAAUGUUUGCGAGUUUAGUCUUAAUAUCUUUGGUCAUUCGACUUGAUUCGUAAAAUGCAAUUUACGUUACAUUUCCAGAAAACUGCUUGCGGUUUCUACUAAUCAAAUACGUUUCGACGUACUUUUUGCUUGUGAAAUUCUUUUUUUCAUAUGCCUUGGUGUACUUCGUAUUUUAGUCAAGUUAAGACAUUGCUGUUUUUUUGUUUCAUUAAAAUGCAUUUGGCUUGUUUUUAAAUCUGUAUAUAAUUGUGGUGAUCAAUGUUUAAAUUUCUGUUCAUUUAAAGUUUAUUUUUCGUUCAUGAAACCUUUUUGAUGGCAUUGAGUUUAUCGUUUUCCCAUAUUAUUUAAAUAAAUAAUAAUAAAUAAUUUUGUUGUUUGGUAAGAAGUAUAUAAUAUUUUAAACUUAGUUAUUUUUGCGCUCUAUAUUUGUAAUUUAACCUAUCUGCACCCGGAAGUGGAAUAACCCGAGCAAUUAUCGGUUAUCAACUGUAGUUUCCGCAACUUGUAAUAAUUGAUAAAUAUCAUGAUCUGUAUGGGUUAACAAAGACUAUACGACAUCGUAGUUUUGUUUGUUUACAUUUGAUGCCGCGUUCUACAGUUGCGAGUCGCGUCUUCCUAUAGAGAAUUAUUCAGUAUUAAUUCGCAAAUUUGAAAAUUUAUUUAAUUAUUCGUAAUCAAAAUUCUUGACGAACGAAAUGAAAGGCCAGAACUGUAUGGACACGUUUUUUCCUUUUGAUGAAUUUUCGCAAGAUUUUUUUUAUGCAUGAAAUGUUAUAGCUAUAUUUUCGAUUGUAUUCUUGUUUCUGCAAUGUAUAAAAAAGAUAUUCGCGAUAAUGAUUUUUUAUUUUGUUUAUUUUACAAAUUCUUAUAGUUGAAAUUAUGGUAAAUUUAACGCAAUUGUAAUUUUUUUUUCUUCGCAUAUGUUUCCCAAGUCUACCGAGGAUAAAAGACAUUUAGCUUAUAUUUUUUAAAAAUUUGUAUUAUAUUGAAACAAAAAACGUUCUCUGGAAUAUAUAUAUAUAUAUAUAUAUAUACAUAUAUAUCCCUUUUAUAUUUAAAGGAUUAAGAAAGAAUGGUCUGAAAUUAAGUUUAGGAGAUGUACGAAUUUCAGUCAUUUAAUUAUUUUACACCAAAGUGUAGUUAAACAAUAUGUUACUAUAAAUAAUCAUUCUUUUUUGGGAAGUUUGGAUUGUUAUUCAAUUUUUUUUUAAUUGUUAUAAAUACGUAUGAUUUGAAUUUCUUACUUUUAAUAGUUCUGCAUGUUAAGUAUAUAUUAUUACCAUUGGAAGAAUAGUGCCAGGAUGCUACGCGAAUUUUAAAAAAAGCAAUUCAUAAAAGCUUUUCAAAAAACAGAAAUUUAUCAUUUUCUUGUUUAAAACAGAGAAUUUUGUUUUGUAUUCUAUUUGCAAUCCCUUUCUUAAUCCCAUUUUCUGUACUUUGAUCACCACAUGCAUUGAUUAUUUUGUGUUCGGCGAUUUUGUUGAACGGAAUAAUGUACAAAAAAAAAAAAAAAAGUGUAGUUAUAUUUUUGUGCAAUUUCCGAAACGGAAAAAUUUUGUAAAUAAUAAAUCAUUGUAAUAUUUGAAUUUCAAGUUGUGUCACUUGAUUGUUAUUGAUCUUAUUAUUGAAUAUUGAAGGAUUACAUUGAUUAUUAUGAGAUGCAUUGAUAUUCCGAAGUAUUAUGAAAGAGUUUUGUUAUUAAAGAUCUCAUUGUUUUCUGGAAUGGUGUAAAAUGUCUUUUUUUCAUCCUGCAUAUCAGUGUAGUCUCAUUCUUCAUGACAUCAUCAAGCUCGUAGAUCGUUCGCCAUGUUAUAAUUUUCUUUCCUUCAUUUUUGUAAAUGAACUAGUCGUUUCAUCAUUGUUUUUGAGCGCUUCUUAUUUUGCUGCAUCAUUUUUUGUGUACAUAAGAUGUUGAAAAACCCGUGCCUGACAGUCAAGAUCCAUUAUGUAAGAAAAGUCAUACAUUAAUAAAACUUAACUGCUGUAAGAAAA